GUACACCUUGCUGUAUUAUAAUUACGAUAAAAAGUUUAUCACAAAUACUAAUAAAAAUUAUAACAAUUUAUAUCAAUGAAUUUUUGUUUCGAUGACCUUUUUUAAAAAUAUUGGAAUGCAGUAACAUACAUCGGUAAAAGGAAAACUAGUAAACUAAGUAAUUGUCAUGGGUAAGAGAUAUUAUUGUGAUUACUGUGACAAAAACAUGGCAACUCCUGCAAUCAUACGAACACAUCUAAAAGGUGCAGUUCAUCAGAAACUGGUUAGUGAACAUUACCAACAGUAUAAAGAUGCGGCUACAAUAUUAAGAGAAGAGAGUGCUAAGAAGCCUUGCAUGAGAUUUUCAAAAGGAGAAUGUAAUUUUGGUGGGAUCUGUCGCUUUUCACAUUACACUAAGGAACAAAUUGAAGCACUAAGGGAAUAUGUUGUAGUAAAUGAAAAAAGAAAGAUUGAACCGAAGCAACCUUCUUUUACGGACUUGUAUCAGAGGUUACAAUCAGAAAAAACUACAAAGACUAAUUCAACAGAUACUACUGUAUAUGAUAGUAAUGGUGUAACUCAUACAUUUCCAUGGAUAUAUAAUGAAUCUUUUGAUUUGUAUGGAGAAAAUUUACCACCCAGUCUUAGAAGAUUUAAAGUUGAAGAUUUCACUGAUGUCAGUUUCAAUGAAUGGGGCUGAGACAUUGAGAAUAUUUUUUUAAUGAAAUGCGAAGGAUAAUCAGUCAGCGUGAAGUACAGGAUGAUUUAAGGAACAUGGUGACAUUUUUCGAAGAAAAUCCCGAUUUAAAACCGAAAAUAUUAGAAGCUUUUCGCAAAAUAAAACUGUCCAAAAAAAGAAAUCCACCAGAUAUUUGGUCGCUGCAAACUAACAAUCUCGUUGCAUCA